GACUCUUCAGGCCUGCUUUGGAAGUCCAGACUCCAGGAAAACUAUAAGUAGAAGCCUAGUUUGAAGGAAAGAAAUCUAAAGAGUUACGGUGUGAGGUUCUGGGAGACAGCUCCCCCCAACUCCAAUCUGAGGUCUACAUGUGCCUCAGACUAACAUUGGUGCUUGCUUUAAGGGAAGGGAGCUACCAGAUUUUUACCAGCAGCCAGGUCGAAGGUAAAGCAGCAGCUGCCCCCAAACAGGUCACCAGGAAGAAGAAAAGAGACCGUUCUUAUUUUUUAAAGCCUUCAAUGGUUCUUCAAGGCUGAUCAGCAGCCGCAAGCACAUUGCUUGUGAAGGCUUUUGCUGACUCCUAGAAUGAAGCCACCUUCUUGUUAGCCACAGAGAGAGGACCCACCACCCCCGGUAUAUAAUCCUUUUCCAGCUCCUUUUCGAUGGCCAUAACACCAUGCUGUUCAAUCCCACCUAAGACAGAAGGCAAGGAGCCCAGCUUUCUGGGGAAACGGGGCACAGCUACCCUGCUUUUGUGCUCCCAAGACCAAAGAGGACUGACUCUCGGAAGCCAGGCAAGGUGUAAGAAGUCUUCCUGGACUGAGAGCGGAGCAUAGUGUGGAUCAGAGGAGAACGCCCUCGAGAACUCACUCCAGACAGGUCCACCAUGGGUUUGCUGCAGGACCUUCUCCAAGCAAGAAAGCUGUUACUGGUCAUCUGUGUGCCGCUGCUGCUGCUGCCUCUGCCCACCAUCUACCCCACCAGUGAGGCUGCCUGUGCUUACGUGUUGCUUGUGACUGCUGUGUACUGGGUGUCCGAGGCCGUACCUCUUGGAGCUGCAGCCCUUGUUCCUGCCUUCCUCUACCCAUUCUUCGGAGUUCUCCGAUCCAGUGAGGUGGCGGCCGAGUACUUCAAGAACACCACACUGCUGCUGCUGGGUGUCAUCUGCGUGGCAGCAGCUGUGGAGAAGUGGAAUUUGCACAAGCGCAUCGCCCUGCGCAUGGUCUUGAUGGCUGGAGCCAAGCCGGGCAUGCUGCUGCUGUGCUUCAUGUGCUGCACCACCAUGCUGUCCAUGUGGCUCUCCAACACCUCCACCACCGCCAUGGUGAUGCCCAUCGUGGAGGCCGUGCUGCAGGAGCUGAUCAAUGCUGAGGAGGAGCAGCUGGGGGCAGGCAACUCCAGCACUGAGGAGGCUGAGCUCAUGGGUCUUGACGUAAGCAACAGACAAACUUCUGUGGAACUCAUCUUUGUCAAUGAAGACACAACGACUGCAGACUUCACUUCUCUGAUGCAGAACAAGAACCUGAAUGGUGUGCCCAUGGUCACCAAACCUGUCAAAACAACAAACCAACAACAACAGAAGAGACAACAUUCAUCCCAGGAAAAGCCAGGAGUCCUGACCCCCAGCUCCAAGAACCCAGAACCAAACAGGAAGAAAUACAGAUCCCACCAUGACCAAAUGAUCUGCAAGUGUCUCUCUCUGAGCAUCUCCUACGCCGCUACCAUCGGUGGCCUGACCACCAUUAUUGGCACCUCUACCAGCCUCAUUUUCCUAGAGCAUUUCAACAACCAGUAUCCAGCGGCAGAGGUGGUGAACUUCGGAACCUGGUUCCUCUUCAGCUUCCCCAUCUCUCUCAUCAUGCUGGUGGUCAGCUGGUUCUGGAUGCACUGGCUCUUCCUAGGCUGCAACUUUAAAGAGACCUGUUCUCUGAGCAAGAAGAAGAAGACCAAGAGGGAGGAGCUGUCAGAGAAGAGGAUCCGGGAGGAAUAUGAGAAGCUGGGGGACAUCAGCUACCCUGAAAUGGUGACUGCAUUUUUCUUCAUCCUGAUGACGGUGCUGUGGUUUACCCGGGAGCCUGGCUUUGUCCCUGGCUGGGAUUCUUUCUUUGAAAAGAAAGGCUACCGCACUGAUGCCACGGUCUCUGUAUUCCUCGGCUUCCUGCUCUUCCUCAUUCCAGCGAAGAAGCCAUGCUUUGGGAAGAGGAGAGACGGGGCAAGCCAGGAGCCCACUCAAGGGAUAGAGCCCAUCAUCACAUGGAAGGACUUCCAGAAAACUAUGCCCUGGGAGAUUGUCAUCCUGGUGGGAGGAGGCUACGCUCUGGCUUCUGGCAGCAAGAGCUCUGGCCUCUCCACGUGGAUUGGGCACCAGAUGCUGUCCCUGAGCAGUCUCCCAUCAUGGGCUAUCACUCUGCUGGCAUGUGUCCUGGUGUCCAUCGUCACAGAGUUUGUCAGCAACCCAGCCACCAUCACCAUCUUCCUGCCCAUCCUAUGUACCCUGUCUGAGACGCUGCACAUCAAUCCACUAUACACCCUGGUCCCAGUCACCAUGUCGAUCUCCUUUGCUGUGAUGUUGCCUGUGGGCAACCCCCCCAACGCCAUCGUCUUCAGCUAUGGGCACUGCCAGAUCAAAGACAUGGUGAAGGCUGGCCUGGGAGUCAAUGUCAUUGGCCUGGUGAUAGUGAUGGUGGCCAUCAAUACUUGGGGAGUUAGCCUCUUCCACCUGGACACGUUCCCAGCCUGGGCUAAGGUCAGCAACAUCACCGAUCAGACCUAACACAAGUGGACAGUUAAUUAGCACAGCCAGAGCUGAGCCACCAGUAAAGACCACUGGGAGCACACCGCCCAGACCCAUGCGGAGGAUAUCCAUCACCAGAUUCCUCCACCUGCCACCAGACUCGAUGGGUGUGUCUCCUUCCCAGCCUGCCUGCUCCCCUUAGCACCGACUCUCAAGAAAGCCUACAGCUGCUCUCUCCCUGUGUCCAGCCCUAACUCUUCCUGAAGACCAGAAAUGCUGCAAGCCUUAGUUCCCUGAGGGAAGCCUCACAAACUGACUGGCCUCCCUGUCAUACCUUCCUAGGAAUCGGAAAUAGCAGAGCACUCUGCUUACACAAACCCCAGGACCUGUGACCUCUCUUCUGGGGGAAAGCCUUACCUAGUGUUCUCAAGCAUUUCUAUCUGUGUCUAGGAAAAGGUAACCCUUGGGAGGUUCUCUUUGUGGCAACCUGUAGUUUUAUUUGCCUUAAGUCUCAGUCUCUCUCUCUCUCUCUCUCUCUCUCUCUCUCUCUCUCUCUC